GAACUACUAGACGAUCUCGAUGAAAUGGUCUCCCAUCCACAUGCUCGUAAAGUCCUCUUAUAUGCAUUGUCGCCUCGCGACCCGCGCCAUUUCGCUCCUCAGCUUGUUGCCAGCCUGUUAGCUCCUGGCGAUCAGAGUGGUGGCACUCGAAAGCCACUAGCCCUGCGCGCCCUCGAGUUGAUCAUCCAACCAGAUGGCCUGCUGCCCAGCCUCCUUCAACUGGCAAUUGAUCGUAUGGGAGAGCUUUUUCUGGGCGAUUCAACUUUCUGGCCUCAUGUGGCCGAAGAUCGGUUGAGGCUACAUUUGCUCGCAGAGAUGCUUAUAAGGAGGUAA